AUGAACCUAGGUAUAAACUCUCUCUCAUUCAGUGAUGGAGCAUCUAUAGAUAUUGUGCAAACUAGAAACUCUAAACUUCUUUGUGCUAGCUCUUCUCAAGCUCUAGAAUUAAAGGAUGUUCUAGUUGCUCCAAAGAUAGCUAAGAAUCUGAUUAGUGGCUAUAAAUUUACUAAUGAUAAUGCAAAUGUGUUUGUUGAAAUUCACUCGCAUGGGUGUUUUGUGAAGGACAAGAGUCACCAUAAGGUCCUACUUCAAGGGGUCACAACACGUGGUUCAACUCCCAGCUUAUACAGAAUUGACAAUGCUGUGGUUCCUACUAGAAGUAUUACUGUUGCACAUUUUGUCUUGGCUCGAAAGCAGCAUGAGUUAGAUGGGAAGUGUCAAUCUAACAAUUCACAUUGCAAAAAUCAAAAUGGAUUGCACAGAAGCGCCAAUGCGUCGAGGAGAAAUCUGGGUUUCGUGUCUUGUGGCACAGGCAACCCCAUUGAUGACUGUUGGAGAUGCGAUCCCAACUGGCACCACAAUCGCCGGCGUCUCGCCGAUUGCGCCAUCGGCUUCGGCAGACACGCUGUGGGAGGCAGAGACGGCCGAACAUACGUCGUCACCGACUCCAGCGACAACCCCAUGAACCCUAAACCUGGAAGUUUACGAUAUGGCGUCAUCCAAGAAGAACCCUUGUGGAUCAUCUUCGAAAGGGAUAUGAGCAUUAGGCUCAAGAUGGACCUCCUUGUCAAUUCCUACAAAACAAUCGACGGCCGAGGAGCCACUGUCCACAUCGCCGGAGGACCUUGCAUCAAAAUACGGCGACAGACCAACAUCAUCAUUCACGGAUUGCACAUCCACGACUGCGUACGAGGGAACUCUGGGUAUGUGAGGCUAUCCCCCCGUCGUUAUACAUUCAGUUCGAGGUCUGACGGCGAUGGGGUUUCGAUCUACGGCGGGAGCCAUGUGUGGGUGGACCAUUGCUUCUUGUCUAGGUGCUACGAUGGGUUGAUUGAUGUGGUUCAUGGAUCGACGGCGAUCACCAUUUCUAACAAUUACAUGACCCACCAUGAAAAAGCUAUGCUUCUGGGACACAGCGAUUCCUAUGAGAAGGACCGGAAUAUGCAGGUCACCGUCGCCUACAAUCAUUUCGGAGAAGGGCUUGGAGGAAGAAUGCCCAGAUGCAGGUUUGGAUACUUUCAUGUGGUGAACAAUGAUUACACCCAUUGGAAGGAAUACGCUAUAGGAGGGAGCUCGAAUCCCACUAUUUUCAGCCAAGGCAACAGAUUUCUUGCUCCAGAUGAUGGAGAACACAAAGAGGUGACAAAACACUUUGGGGCGUCGCAUAGUGAGUGGGAGAGAUGGAAUUGGAAGUCGGAAGGAGAUCUGAUGUUGAAUGGGGCAUUCUUCAGAUCAUCUGGGGAAUUAGGAGCGUCUUCUGUGUAUAGCAAGACCUUGAGCUUGGCUGCCAGACCAUCGGAGUUUGUGAGUUCAAUGACCUCAGGAGCCGGACCUCUUGAUUGCAGAAAGGGCACAUUCUGCUGAUUCACUUCUCUGUUUUGGCCUUCACAACACACCUAGUGGAGGACUUGCUAGGCUGGUUAGCGUGUAUGUUAUGUAGUGUACUAAUAUGAAGCAAUUACCCUUGUUUUUGGUUCCGCCGAAAUCUUCAGUUCCCUUGGUGGAAAACCAUGUUAUGGGCUAUUAUAUCUAUGGCAUCUCAAGAGUGGACUUGCGACUUACAAAAUGUGUCUUAUAGCUAAUUACACAAAAUUUAAAUUGUCA